UUCUGGUUGUUCCAGCUUUCACUUCCUUGAGAUUCCAUUUUAGUUUCUUUGUUUCUCAUUCCCUACAAAACUUAAACCACUCCCUAUGAGGCAUCAUUACUACUAAUCAUCAUUGGUCUUCACCAAUCCAUCUUCCCUGUUUUUUUUAUUUCAUAGAUUCUGGGUCGUCCAGGCUCAUAAUUAUUAAGCUUUCAAGAUUUCAACUUUUCUGUGUUUUCUUCAUCAAGUUCUCUACUUGAAAAGAUGACUAUUGAGCCAUUAUUUGAUGAUCAAAGAGAUCAAUUUCCUAUUGGAAUGCGUGUUCUUAUCGUCGACGAUGAUGUCACUUGCCUGCGGGUCUUGGAGACUAUGCUUUAUAAGUGCCAGUAUCAUGUUACGGCUACCAGUCAUGCAUUUACAGCAUUGGAGUUGUUAAGAGGAAACAAGAACAAGUUUGACUUGGUUAUUAGUGAUGUCCAAAUGCCAGACAUGGAUGGAUUCAAGUUGCUCGAGCUUGUCGGGCUUGAGAUGGAUCUCCCUGUUAUAAUGUUGUCCUCAAAUGGAGAUCAUGAACUUGUGAUGAAGGGAGUAACCCAUGGAGCUUGUGAUUAUCUGGUAAAGCCCGUCCGUAUUCAGGAGUUGAAGAACAUCUGGCAACAUGUUAUCAGGAGAAAGAAGGGUGAUUCAAAGGAUCAGACAAAUUCUGGCAAUCAGGACAAGUCUCAUAUUGGAAGUUGUGGUGGAGGCAUGGGUAAUUCAGAUCAGAAUGUGAAGCUAACUAAAAAACGGAAGGAUCAGGAUGAGGAUGAGGAUGACAAUCGUGAUGAGGAUGGGUAUGAUAAUGACGACCCUUCGACUCAGAAAAAGCCUCGCGUUGUUUGGUCUGUAGACCUGCAUCGCAAGUUUGUUGCUGCUGUUAAUAAGUUGGGCAUUGACAAGGCUGUACCUAAAAAGAUUCUAGAUUUGAUGAAUGAGGAUAAGCUUACUAGAGAAAAUGUGGCAAGCCAUCUCCAGAAGUUUAGACUUUAUCUCAAAAGAAUCAGUUGCGUAGCAAACCAGCAAGCUAAUAUGAUGGCAGCUAUAGGCAGUUCAGAUUCUUCUUAUUUGCGAAUGAGUACUUUCAAUGGAGGUAGAAAUUACCAUGCAUUGACUGGACCUGGACAGUUUAACAACACUGGUUUUAGAUCCAUGCCACUUAAUGGGAUGAUCGGAAGAGUGAACGCUCCUGCUGGUCUGGGUCUGCAUUGCCUGCCGUCUUCAGGUUCAAUUAAAUUGGGUCAGGGACAACAUUCAAGCAACUCCAUUCUUGAUCAGAGCAUAUUUCCUGGAAACCGUAAUGGAAGUAUGCUUCAAGGAAAUUUGGAACUUGAUCAACGGCAUAGUAAGGGUGUCAACGGUACACCAGUUUUUCCCAUUUCCAGUGGCUUUCCAGAUGCAAAACUGACCAUGAGUAGAUCAAGUGAUUCUGUUGGGCUUACAGACAACCCAAUCUUAAGUCACCCUCGAGAUUUUGAAGGUGGAAGAGAAUAUGUAAACCAGUCUUCGCUUCCAGUGGCUCCCUUGAAAACUGAAUUUUGUGCCCCCUUUCUGGAUCAUGGUAGAUUGAAUGACAGCUGGGCAAGCGCUGCUCAGUCAUCUGCUUUCCGGUCAAAUUCUUUUCCAUCAAGUAACACAAGGGACAGUAUACCUGUUGUAAUGUCCUCGCAAAUGCGCAACUGUCAGUUUGAUGCUCCUAUAAAUUCAGUCUCCAGUCACUUGCAGGAUCCAGGAACAGACGUGCUGAUCCAACCUUCCGCAAUUAGUAGCACUGCUGGGCAGAUAAUUGAUAGUGAUCCAACUCAGGGGUGGGUGUGGAUGGAUCAUAAGCAGGAUUCCCCAUACUACCACUCGGAUACUGUAAGUAGCUCCAUGGACUCUUUGAUGCCUGCUAAUGUUCCUGUGGCUUUUGACCAUAAUUUGGACUCAAAAGGCACAACUUUACAAAGAAACAUGGACUUCAAUUCCAUUGGACAGUCAAAUUUUCUUGAUCCUUUGCACACAAAAUUUGAUGAGAUUGAUAGAUCAUUGGAGGCGUCAAUGAACAUUAACUUGAAGCCAGGGUAUGUUAUGGACCAACGGAAGCCACAGGGUGGGGUAGUAUCAAAUAAUUACGGGUUAUUGGAUGAUUUAGUGAGCACAAUGACAAAUCAGCUGCAAAAGAGAUGAGGUGACAUCAAUUGGAAGGAGAUUUGAACAAGUAUAAGUGGACAGAUCCAGAACGUACUUUUCUAGUGUAGUAAUUUCAUGGCAUUUGCGUUGGUGUCUCUACAGUCAUCAAAGUUUUGUGUUUUAUUAAGAGCAAAACAUCUUAUUCGGACUCUCUCUCCAUUAGUCAGUCAUUUUAGUUAGUUUUUUUUUUCGGUCGUGAGUCAUUAUAGUUAGUUAGAUGAUGAUCGAGCAGUCAGUUUCUUGUUGAUUGAACAAAUAAGGGCUUUGCUCAAU